AUGGGGGUGUGCCGGUCCGGGAGACGCCCUUGCCCACCGCGCGGGCAUAUCGGAACUGAGGAGAAGGAGGCGGUUAUCGCCUAUUUGGACCGGGUAAUAGCAUCGGGGACGCUAGGCGCCUACCAGGGCGAAGAGGAGGAGGCCUAUUGCGCCCAGUUUGCUGAAUACCUGGGGGGAGGGUACGCGGACGCGGUCAGUUCUGGUUCGACGGCCAUCUACGUGGCGUUGAAGGCCUUGCAGUUGGAGGCGUUCAGCGAAGUCAUCAUCGGCCCCUUCACCGACCCGGGCGGCAUGAUGCCGAUCCCUCUGCAGAACAUGGUCCCGAUGAUCGCCGACUCGGCGCCGGGCAGCUACAACACCGGGCCGGAGCAGAUCGAGGAGUUGAUAUCAGACCGCACAAGCGCGGUUGUCGUACCUCAUAUUGCCGGCGAGCCGGCCGACAUGGGCGGCAUUAUGGAGGUGGCACGGCGGCACGGCAUUCCGGUGAUCGAAGAUUGCGCCCAGGCGCACGGUACCCGGUCAGGGGCAGUUGCUGGGAGCUUCGGUGACAUCUCAGCCUUUUCCACGAUGUCGGGGAAACACCAUAGCUCGGGCGGGCAGGGCGGAAUGGUCUUCACGCGGGACGAGCGCUCUACCAAUCGGUUCGGCGGAUGGCCGACCGCGGCAAGCCCCAUUUUUGCCGGAAGGCGCCACCAACAUCGAAGCGACGCUGAACUUCAACCAGACCGACGUGGCGGCGGUGGUGGGGCAGGUGCAGUUGCGCAAACUGCCGGAGAUGGUCGAGCGUAG